AUGCCCGGCCGAUGCGUGUACCACUUUGGCAAGUCCUUUAACAAUACGUACGAUUGCUGCGGUAAUGACUGCUAUACGUCGCCGGGUUGCACCGUGGCCAAACAGCAUGUGUGGAACGGAUUCGUGGAUGGGGAUAACGAAAUCGGAAAUUUCGUGCAGACGGACGAUAUGAACAGCUGGUCUGCAUUGUUCCCGUACUCGUCGUGUCCCAAAGAAGCGUCUUCGUUAAGGACGAAAGAAGCGUUAUUUAAAUCAAUAGUAGAAAUCGAACCCUUCAGAAUAUUGGCCUUAGACUGUGAAAUGUGUUACACCGAGUGUGGCCUGGAGUUGACCAAGGUGACGCUGGUGGACCCCUGCGGUACGGUCGUCUACGACACGCUGGUCAAGCCCAGCCGUCCGAUUGUCGAUUACAACACUCGGUUCAGUGGUAUCACCGCGGAUCACUUCGCGGAAUAUCCGUCCAAGACGCUGAACCAGGUCCGGCGUGACCUGCUGCAAUACAUCCGGAAAGACACAAUACUAGUCGGCCAUGGACUUGGCACCGACCUACUGGUGCUUCGCAUAAUCCAUUUAAUGGUGGUGGACACAUCUUGUUGUUCAGAGAGAUGA